AUGACUACAGAGUACGAGAACGAGAAGAAGCGCUUCACAGAGCGGUACCUCAGUCGCGAUACCAAAGACCAACAAGGCGGACGUACAGAAGAGAUCCGCAUGACACCACUCUGCUCACUUGCCGUUGCGCAUACAGCUACACAGUCAGUCCUGCCUCAGUAUGGUCUUCUGGGAUUCCACGCUGGUCAGUCAGAGGAGAUCAGCGAGAAAGAGCCGAUUCUACUCAACAUCAACGCACCCAACUCGACCUUCAUCUGCGGCUCUCAGGGCUCAGGCAAGAGCUAUACCUUGAGCGCGAUGCUCGAGGAUUGCGUCCAGAAGAACAAGUCUUUGAACAAGCUCAAGGAGCCUCUCGCCGGCGUCGUCUUCCACUACGACAAUGACUCUCACACCGUCGCUGAGGCGGCUCACCUGUGUUCCCUGGGAAUCAAAGUCCGCGUCCUGGUGUCCAAGAGCAGCGCCGCUACGAAUCUCAAGCAACGCUACCUGACGGUAUCUGGCGCAGCCAAGAACCUGACCGUGGAAGACUUCGUGCUACAGGACCGCCACCUCAACGUCGAGCGCAUGCUGAAGAUGAUGGCCUUCGACGAGUCGGAGGGGACGGUGCCUCUGUAUAUGGAAGUCAUUCAGCGCAUCCUGAGGGAGACGGCCAUCACCGGUCAGCAGUUCUCAUUUCAGAAGUUCAUGUGGGACCUCAAACAGGAGAGGUUUUCGCCAGGCCAGGAGGCUAUGAUGAACAUGCGCCUCAACUUGCUCCAGAGCUUCAUGCCGAAGUUCGCCACUGAGCUUGGCAAGGAUCUCUUCAACAUCGCGCCAGGAACUCUCACUAUUGUUGACUUCAGCGAUCCACUCAUCGACCAGUCGAGCGCCUGCGUCCUCUUCGACACUUGCCUAGCCCUCUUCAAGGAGAACCGUCCCAAGUCUGGCCUAGUCGUAGCAUUGGACGAAGCCCACAAGUUCCUCAACAAGGGCGCUGCGGCCGCGAACUUCACAGAGCGCCUCCUCCAAACCAUUCGAGAACAGAGACACAACGCAACUCGAGUCAUCAUCGCCACCCAAGAACCCACCAUUUCCGAGACCUCGACCUCUGUGGGACUUCCAUUGUCCACCGCUUCACAUCCCCUGCAUGUCACCGGGGCUGGUGAUCGAAACGAGGUUUUCAGCAGGAUUGUGGAUUUGAAUGUCGGUGAGAGUUUGGUGUUCUCACCCAGCUCGUUUGUGGGACUGGAGGGAGAGGAGAGGAAGCCGAAGAAGUUGGGGAGUGGGAUUUUGAAGAUGAAGACGAGGUUGAGGGAGGGGAUUGAUGGUGGGAGGAGUAUUAUGGCUGCUGGGGCUGGAGAGGGGAAGAAGGAUGAAGAUCCUACGCCGGUGCCAAUGUGCGAUACAGGCUUGACUGAGUCUUUCUAG